GUUAAGAGCCUAUACCCCAGGGACUUCGAUUAGGACUCAGUCCUUGAGUCGAGUUCAUCCAUAUAAUAAUAAUACAGUAAUAUGUAAUACUGGAUUAGAAAUUGAAGAAUCGAGAUUAGGAAUAGGUUUAGAAAUUGAAGAAUUAGAAUUAGGAAUAGAAUUAGAAAUUGAAGAAUUGAGAUUAGGAAUAGGAUUAGAAAUUGAAGAAUUAGGAUUAGAAAUAGAAUUAGAAAUUGAAAAAUCGAGAUUAGAAAUAGGAUUAAAAAUUGAAGAAUUAGGAUUAGAAAUAGAAUUAAAAAUUGAAGAAACUAAAUAA